GUAUAUCAGAAAAUACGAGUAUGUUUAAUUGCAGUUGGACAAUUAUAUAUCAAUUUUCGAAACUUUCGGUUGCGUUUUAAAAGCGCGCCGCAACGAGCUCCUCUUCCACAUUACAUAAUUGCAUUGUCGCUGAACAACAACAUCCACGUUCGGGCCGUCAAGCAGCUGAAAGCUGAAUCAACAGUCGGAAAGUCAACAGGAGACGGACCGGGUCGAGUCGAUCCACGCCGACAAGAACAAAACAAGAACUUCUGCCAGCAGCAGCGGCAGGUUUUGAGCCAAAGAGCGCUGCCGGCCGCUUAAAACACUGACGUGUACGAAUGUCAUUCAACUCGAUCGGAGAACAUUCAGCUAUAGCCACAUACAUGCACAUAUAUACUUGUACAUACGUAUAUGUAUGUGCCUCUACUUCGACUUCUACUUGAGCUGAGCGACUGGCUAAGCUGUUGGUCGGCUGUUAUAGCAACGACAACAACAACUACAUUCUGCGAGAGUUUGUGACGCGGAGUGAGUGAGAGAGAGAGAGCGAGCGGAAUUGAGAGAAAAAACGAAAUACGCGCUCAGCACUGGCAUUGCCAGCCAGUUUUGAUUAGAAGUUGGCCAAGAGUUGGUCAAGAAUUGGCGACGUCAGAAACUGAAUCCACGUUUUCGCAAAAACAAAAGCGUUUGGUGAAGAAAUGUUGGCCAGCCAGUCAUAUUAUUUGUUGCUAACAACGCUGCUCCUGCUGGCCCUCGCACCGAACAACUCAUGGGCCAUUUCGUGCACCGGCUGCGUGGACUUGGACGAGCUGAACUUUGACAAGACGAUUGUGCGAUUCCCCUACUCGCUAGUAAAGUUCGAUAUUGCCUUUCCGUAUGGGGAGAAGCACGAAGCGUUCGGGGCCUUCUCGAAGGCAGCGCACAAGGUGACGGACGAGCUGCUGAUUGCCACUGUGGGCAUCAAGGAUUACGGUGAGCUGGAGAACAAGGCGCUGGGUGAACGCUUCAAGGUGGACGACAAGAACUUUCCCGGCAUAUACCUCUUUCUGGGCAACGUCAAGGAAUAUGUGCAGUUUCCCGCCCAUCUGGAUGUCACGGUCGACAAUCUGAAGUCGUUCAUCAGCAGCAAUACGCAGCUCUACAUUGGACGCGAUGGCUGCCUGAAGCAGUUCAAUGACGCCCUCAAGGACUACGCCAACAAGGAGAGUGCCCAGCAGCUGGCCCUCAUUGCGGAGCUCAAAAAGGAGCAGUCGAAGCUGCAGAAGCCGGAGGAGCAAAAGAGCGCCAAAGCCUAUUUGUUGUUUAUGCGAAAAAUCAAUGAACAAGGCUAUAGUUUCCACGAGGAGGAGACGAAACGCUUGUUGCGCCUCAAAGCCGGCAAGGUAACCGAGGCCAAGAAGGUCGAACUGCAGCAAAAACUGAACAUUUUGGAAGCGUUUCGAGUCAACAAACUGACCAAGGCCACUGAGUCGGCUCCUACGACGGCGCCGCCGGCAAAAGAGCUAUAAAAGCGCUGCAACAUGCAAAUACGCCUAAGAGGUCUUCAAGAAAAACAACACGCUCUCAAUAGUUUUAAUUAAAUUAGACACG